AUGUGGGAGUGCGAUGGACCGUCGCGGUCUGUCGGGAUGCUGCAGCAGCCGGACCUGGCGGGCGUCGUGCCGCUCAUCGUCGUCGUCGGCAGUGCCGGCGUGGCAGUCAUGGGUCUGUUGGUCCAGUACCUGUUCUUCCACAACCCGCUGGCAGUCAGGCCGUCGUCGAUACCGCCGAACCCAGUCGACGCGAUUUUCUUGUGGCGGUUCCGCGCUGUCCUGGGUCUCAAGUUGGGCUCGCCAAAUGGCCCGCUGCAUGAGAGUGCUCUGCGGGUGGCAUGCGAUCAGUACAUCCUGACCAUGGGCGACGUCCAGCUGGGCAUGGGACUAGCUGUGCUCAUCUACGGCUACGCAUCCUUAUUCAGCGGGCUGUCGGCGUAUCACUGGUGGCUCCUCAUCGGACUGGCCUGGUUCUCGCUCAUCACGCAGCUUGCGGCCCUCGUAUACCUGCGCGACUAUUACGCCAGGCGGCCCAAUCAGCGUGCGUGGAGGCUGAUGCUCCUAAUAUGCUUCAUCUGCGUCCUUGCCGCCUCCAUGGUGCCCACUGCUCGCAUGAAAAUGGCGCUCGCGCAGAAGCCCGAGAAAAUGGAAGAUAUCCUGGGGAGGAGUGCUAUAUGUUACUUCGCCAACGGGAACUCCAAGCUGGGAAUCCAACACGGCAUUGGCGCGGCGCUCUUCCCUGGGGUCUACGUCAUCGUCGCUUUGCUGCUCGUUGGACUGGUCUUUGGCCUGCUGAAGCUGUACGAAAUCCCCGGCGGCCUCGUCUCUCGAUGGUACAGGAACUACCGGGGCUUGAUGGAAGAACCGGCGAUAGGGGAGCACAUCGCCUGUGUUCGCUGUGAGCAGCGGACGAGGUUGCUGGUCGUCCGCCCCUUCCUUGCUUUCUGGCUUGUCCUGCGAAUGUAUGCCGACCUCUUGAGUUCCAUUGGCGCCGAGGUCUUCUGCAUAUUGGCACUGACCGUCUGGGUUACGCUCAGGUUUGUUGACAUUCACAACAUGGGGCCCUCCACUGCCAGUGAGCUGUGGACCUUGGAGCACAUCGCUGCCCUUAUGUUCUGCGCAAUGCCCUUCAGAGCGUUCGCCGACUAUCUCUGCGGCUUGUGGUUCGAUCGAAGGGUGCAGUUCCGCGCUAUGUGCUCAUUCUCGAGGCUCAAGUGGAAACGCCGAGGUUACGAGCAACUUUCAGAGCACGAUGACCAGCGGAAGACAAACGACGACCAUGCGAGCUUGGAUCGGUUCGGCGAGGGCGACCCGACGCUUUCCCCAACGUCACAGACGCAGGUAUCAACAGUGACUGGCGAAGUCGACGUCGGGAAAGAGGUGGACGACAUGUUGAAGACGUUGAAGGACUCCUAUUCGGGGCCCGAAUACUGCUUCUACAUCAACCGACCGUGGCUCGCGCUCGCACUGCCCGUAUCGGCCUUCUCAGCAUUGGUACAUGUAGUCCUGUUGAUGACAAUGCCCCGGACACGAGAAUCCGUCUCUCCCGCCGACGCCCUGCUCCUCACUGCAGCAUGGGCCGUCAUCUACGUGCCGCUACUAGUCUUCGUCUACUUCCUCGCAUCGAUGAUAGUAGACGACAGAAUCAGACCACAGCGUCGUCGUGCUGUAUACGGCUUCGCCAGUGGCAUGACACUCCUCAUGUCCCUGAUCGGAAUCCUCGACACGCUGUACGGACUGGGCGGCACGCCGAUGUCGUACCUGGCUAUGGGUGCUCUGUGUCUCUUGGUCGCGGCGUAUCUCGUAUAUGGCCUUGUGGCGCGACUGGGUCGCUUGGUCAAGGGGAAGGGCCGGGCUUACGCGGAAGACGAGGAUCUCGAGGGCGGCGCUGGAGUGACGGCGCCGGGCAGGAAACGCGCUCGCGUACCGGCCCGGAAGGCUAGGAGGUUUCCUUGCGCUUCUCAGAGGCUCUUGAAGAAGGGAGGACCGAGCUAUGGUACUAUGGGGAGCCCUUCGACCGGUUGA